UGUUGACUGUUUUAUGUUGACACACUGUGACUGUUGGAGGCUUUACGUAUUUUGACAAGCUGAAUUGACAGACACUGGAAUCUUAAUAAGCCGUGUGAUGUUGGACGUCCUAAUAAUAGGUGGAGGACCCCAUGCCCUGACCCUGGCCACCCUGCUGUCCUGUCCAGACCAGGCCCUGUCCCCACCUCCCCCCAACACAGACAUCCUCCAGGGGAUCCAGCUCAGCCAGGGCAGGGCCAAGACCAGCCGCUCUAAGAACAAGAGAGGAGGAGCUACCAGACAGCAGACAGCCGAGCCCGCGGAGCAGACCACUCCAGACCCAGAGUCAGUUUCAUCCUGCCCUCCGCUGGCCUUCAGAGUGGUGGACUCAUACGGAGCAUGGACCUCACUGUGGGAGAGCCAGUUCAGAGCACUCAACAUCCCUCACCUUCGCUCACACACCCUGGUGCACACAGACCCACUCAAUAAGAGGGCUUUGCAGGAGUUUGUUCUGGAGAAGGAUCGGACAGCGGAGCUACACUGCCUCCCUGACCACACCUUCAUUCUGGAUGAGAACGCCUUCUUCAACGACAUGCGCCUGGGCAAGAAGGACAGGAGGAGACUGAGCAGCAGCAGAGGCCUGCAGAAGAGCCUGUACUUUAGCCUGCCAGGCACCAGGCUCAGUGUGGACUUCUUCAGGCAGCAGGUGGACAAAUAUGGCCUGGACAGUGUCCUGACAAAGGGCACAGUGGAUAGACUGACCCCUGUCAUGUCAGAAGGAAUUGUGACAUCAUUCAGGGUGUUCCUUCAGAACGGGGACGUCCUCGAGGCAAGGCGGGUAGUCAUGGCGACUGGGCCGACCCGUGCCCAGAUGGCCAACAUUCCAUUCUGGGUGUCGUCCAUAGCGGAGAGCUACCCUGAGGAACGCCUGCAACACACCGUGCAGCUCAUGCACCACCACCACCCCGCCUCACGGUCAGCACGGCAACAGGAACCAAGAAGCCAGAACCAGGAACAGGAAGAGAGUUCUUCUUCUCUCUCAUCAGCAGGUCCCCAUGUGGUGUGUGAGCCUGGCCAGAGGGUGGUGGUGGUUGGUGGAGGCCUGACCAGCGCUCAUGUCAUCUCCAUCGCUCUGCAACAAGGAGCCAGUCAUGUGACCUGGGUGAUGCGCAAACACUUACAGCUGAAGCAGUUUGACGUGGGUGACGUGGAGAGCCUGGUGGGGCGGUACUCCCAUGUGGAGCAUGGCAUCAAGAUGGACGGCCUGGCCUACCUGCGCCAGUUCUACAACGAGAGCAGCGUCCAUAAGAGACUGGCCAUGAUCAGACAGGCCAGGAAGGGAGGGGCAGUUACACCUGAGGCCUACGCAGCUCUGCAGCCCUACAUCCAGACUGGACAGCUGUCUGUCCAAGCAUACUGCCAGGUGACUGAAGCUAAGUGGUGCUAUGAAAGCCAGGUGUGGAGACUGUCACUGUGUGGACAGAAUGGCUGUGAGACUUGGACUGGGGACAGGAUAUGGCUGGCUACAGGAUGCAAACUGGACGUCAACCAAGACCCUAUGCUCUCUUCUGUCAUCAAGGAAUUCCCUAUUCAGGUCCUGGAUGGCUGGCCUUGUAUAUCUGAGAGCUUGCAGUGGGCUCCAGGCUGUCCUCUGUACCUGAUGGGACAGUACGCAGCACUUCAGGUUGGUCCGCACGCGCUGAAUCUGGCAGGAGGACAGGCGGCAAGCGCGCGCAUCGCGAAGGACAUAAUAUUCCAGCACAGCCAGAGUGGUUACGGAGGGACAGGGACACAACCCACCGGGGAGAGAGCACACACCGAAGAAUACAUUCAACAGAUGCACGGGCUGAUGUGGUUAUGAUUAAAGACCUUAGCGCAAAUAAUGUUGUGAUGUCAAAGGGAGAUUUACGCAGCGAUAGAUCAUGGAUUCGGCUGCCUUCCUAGUUGAGAAUAAACUACACUUCACCCCUUCCUA